AUGUCUGGAAUAAAUCCUUCAAAAGAUCACAUCAAACAAGAUCGAUCAAGCGCAACCGGGACCGUGGGUGGCUCCGCGUUCUCGACGCUUGAUAAAUUUGAGAGUACGCGUCAUUUGAAGUACGGGCAAACAGAGAAUCAAAAGACAAAUCCAGAAGAAAAGAAAAAUCCAGAGGAGACGAGCCCAGCUCGUCAUAUUCGUCGAUACUCUGCCUCGGGUGACUCUGCACCACGAACAGGACACACAUUCAUGGAUGAAUUCAUGGGUGGAAAAACAGGCGACGAUCUGAUUGCGAAAGAGGAACUUCUUGAAAAGGAUCGUCAGCGAAAAGAGCAGGAUCACAUAUAA